CACCCACAAAUCGCCAACAAGCAAGCCAACAAGACGGCAAGAAACAACAACAGACAGCAACCACCACCAUCAGUGUGCUCCACCAGCACCACCUUCUCCUCGUCCUCCUCGCCGUCGCCUUGAGUGACGCCACUAGAUCUUGCAGCCUUGAAACAAACACUGACACGAGCAGCAGGAUGUGGGGGAGCCGAAGCAACAGCGGUGAGCUGGGCGAAGGCAGCGAUGAGCCUGUGAUGAUGAAGGCGGGCGUGGUGCGUGCGUUUGGGCCUCCGGCAGCACUCAAGGUGGAGUCUGUGCCCAUUCCUUCCUUGUCUGAGCCCAACGAGGUGCUGACGAAGGUGUUUGCCACGGGCGUGAACCCUGUGGACACAUACAUUCGCGCGGGAAAGUAUGCCAAGCUGCCGCAGCUGCCGUACACACCAGGCGCAGAAGGCGCUGGCGUCGUGGCCAAGGUCGGAGCGGAUGUGAAGCACGUCAAGGUGGGCGACCGCGUCUAUGUGACCGGCACCAUCACGGGCACGUAUGCGCAGUACUCGCUGUGUGCGGCAAGGGACGUGCGCUUGCUUCCGCAGCGCAUCAGCUUCGCUCAAGGUGCUGCCGUCAGCGUGGCCUACCGCACAGCAUACCGUGCUCUCUUCCAGAAAUCGUCUCCAAACCCUGGCGAGACUGUGUUGAUCCACGGUGCGAGCGGCGGUGUUGGCCUUGCUGCCGUACAGCUCGCCGUGUCGCGUGGCCUCAAAGUGUUUGGCACUGCGAGCACAGAUGUGGGCAAGGAGGCCAUCCUUGAACACGGAGCUGCGGCCGUCUUUGAUCACACCUCCCCGACAUACGUACAGGAGAUCCAGCGCGCUGCGCCGCCAGAGGGCAUUCGCCUCAUCGUCGAGAUGCUCGCCAACAUCAACCUCAACAACGACCUCAAGGUGUCGUGCGGAACACGCGAGGAGUGGGAAGCUGCGUACUGCGCCAUCGACGCAGGCAUGUCCAGCGGGGCGCUGGUGCCGCACGUCGGGAAAACGUUUCCACUCGACGAUGCCGCGACGGCGCACAUUGACGUCAUGGAGCACGUGGGCGGUGCGCACGGAAAAUUGGUCCUGCUGCCCUGGCCCGAGGAGACCGCCGAGGACGUGGUGUGCCUCUGAGGGUGGACGUAAAUGUCAGUGUGAUUGUGAAUGCAGUUGUGAACGCGAC